GUUUUUAAUCAUCGUCUAUUCUUUAUCGAGGCAUCAAAAUAAGUUUAAUUGACCAUUUAACUAUCGCCUUUUCAUCCCCUGUCUGUGCCUAUUUGUGUCAUUAAUGCCUUUACUGCCCCAUCAUGGAUAUAUUUGACACUAACUCCACAAACCCUAUCAAUGACCCACAGCUCUACCGAGGUGUGGCUAAAGCUGCUAAAGUGCAAGUGGUCAUUGCUGUGAUCUUGGGGCUUUCUGCGUUUCUCACAUUUGCAUUGUUGAGAUCUAAGUACCCCAAGAUCUACGUCGCCAACUUCAAUCAGGUUAAUCACAACUACUUACACAGCUCAUCACGUCAGAACUUGCCGAGAUUACCCACAAAGUCGUUAUUUGGAUGGAUACCUAUCGUAUUGAAGAUUAAUGAAGAGCAGGUUCUUGAACAUGCCGGUUUGGAUGCCGUGGUAUUCUUGGGCUUCUUCAAAAUGUGUAUCAAGAUCCUCUCCAGUUGUGUGAUAUUGGCACUUGUGGUGAUAUCACCCAUACGGUACAAGUUCACCGGAAGACUCGAUCAGGACUAUCCUCCUGACAAUCCCGAUACCAAGAAACGGUACCAGAACAACGAGUACCUUUUGUGGCUCUAUGUAUGUUUCACGUACGUGGUGACAGGAAUCGUCAUGUACUUUCUUUUCAAGCAGACCAAAAAAAUCAUCAAUAUGCGGCAGAAGUACCUUGGCCAGCAGAAUUCCAUUACCGACAGAACCAUCAAGCUCUCGGGAAUUCCUCCGAAAUUACGAGAUGAAGAGGACUUGAAAAGACACAUUGAGAGUCUUGGAUUGGGAGAAAUUGAGUCCAUCACCAUCGUGAGAGAAUGGACCGAUUUGAAUAAGCUUUUCAAGCUCCGAAAAAAGGUUCUUCUGGACUUAGAGAACCAAUGGGUGUAUUAUUUUGAAAUCAACAACCUCAAGAACCAAAAUGACUUGAUCGCUGCCCAUUUGCACCCAAAUCUAGGUGAUCUGAUCAACUUGAACAGGCAGUACCAGGAUGUUUUGCAAGACGAACUGGCAUCGUUUUCAGAUACCAUCCCAGAGCCGGCCGAAAUUCCAGCUCUUGCAAGACAUUCAAGCAUUGUCCAACAGUUGACUGAUGAUUUUGACAAUGAAGUCACCGAAGAUUCGAUCAGCCAUUUACCAUUGCUUAACGACGAAAGUUUCAGAAGACCCAGACUCAGACAGAAGUGGUGGAACGUGUUCAGUCCCACCGUGGAUUCCAUCACUUACUACACCGAGAAGUUGGAUAUCAUCGACAAAGAGAUCUUGAAGGCUCGCACAAGAGAGUAUCCAGCUACUUCAUCGGCAUUUGUGACGAUGAAAUCGGUUGCUGAAGCUCAGAUCAUUGCCCAGUCGGUGUUGGACCCUAAGGUGAAUCACUUAACCUCAAGCCUUGCACCUGCCCCUCAUGAUAUCAGAUGGGACAACUUGUGUAUGACGAGAAGCGAGAGAAACUCCCGAAUUGGGACGGUGACCUUUUUCCUUGGACUCUUGAGUAUUAUCUUGGUGAUUCCUGUGUCUUACCUUGCCAGGUUCUUGAACACCAAGACCAUCUCCGAGAUAUCUCCAAAGUUGGGUGAGUUCUUAAAGAACAACCCGUACGCAGAAACCUUAGUGACUGGGGUGUUACCCCCAUAUAUCUUCACCCUUUUGAAUAUGGUGGUUCCAUAUUUCUACAUCUACAUGACCUCAAAACAAGGGUACACUUCUCAUAGUGAUGAAGAGAUUUCGUCUGUAUCGAAGAAUUUUUUCUAUACCUUUGUCAAUUUGUUUUUGGUGUUUACCUUGGUAGGUACGGCUUCCCUUACUGACACCAUCAAAAUCGCCUACCAGUUGGCUCAGUCCUUAAGAGACUUAUCGCUUUUCUACGUGGAUUUGAUCAUCUUACAAGGAAUAGGUAUUUUCCCGUAUAAGUUGUUGCUUCUAGGUAACUUGCUCAAGUUCAUGUUUGGCUCAUUACUCUGGUGUAAAACUCCCAGAGAUUAUAUCAAACUAUACAAACCACCGGUGUUCAAUUUCGGCUUGCAGCUCCCUCAACCAAUGUUGGUUUUUAUCAUAGUGAUAAUCUACUCCAUCAUGUCUACUAAGAUCUUGACAGCUGGGUUGGCCUAUUUCUUGAUCGGCUACUUUGUAUUCAAGUAUCAGUUAUUAUAUGCAUGUGUUCAUCCUCCUCAUUCCACCGGUAAGGUUUGGCCUUUGAUAUUUCACAGGGUGGUGAUGGGCGUGUUCAUUUUACAUGUCAUGAUGGCAGCCACUUUAUCAUUGCAAAAAGCCUUUUAUUCAGUUCUUGCGUUGGCUCCCUUACCACUUUUUGUCUUGGGUUGCUUAUGGAACUUUGAAAAGAACUAUGUGCCGUUGUCCUAUUUCAUUGCUUUGAAAGCUAUAAACAACAACGAGUUGGUAGCUCAUAGUCUGUAUCACGACGAAGAAUCGUUCUUGACGGAUACCAAUGAAGUGCAGACAACUGUCACAAAUGAUGCCAAUGAAACUUUCAAGACUCUUGACGAAAGACGAGAAAUUAACCAAACCUAUGAUUAUCCGUACUUGAUAGAAAGCUUGGAUGGUCCGUUGGUGGCUGUUGAUAAGAACGACCUAUUGCUUGUGAAUGGAGACGGAAUGACAGUCAGAAAGCUCAAAUCCUCUGUUGGAAACUUUUACUAGUGAAACAGACUUGCUACUGCAACUAAUAUGAAACCCAAAACUUCCUUUGUUAGAACUAUGUACUAUAAAUUUUAAUUGGAUAGACAAAUGACAGGUUGUAUUAACGUAUUUCCAUAUGAUUGGGUAAUUUUAACAUCCUUGUAUAUGACUGAAUCACGUUAGCACGCUCCUGGAAAGUAUUAAAAAAAAGCUCAGAGAACUCAAAAUUGGUCAUCUGGCUUACUAUCAAGCCUACAAUCGUGCUUGUCAUGACCUUUUGGAAUACGAUACAUACGCCGAAGGUGAUAGCGAUUUUGACGUAGCCCACGUUUGAAAUGGUCUUGAGGGACUCAAUCACAUUAAGAAUGGAGAUUGCAAGCACGAUUUUUGAAGACUCAAGGGUCUUAUCAUACGGCCAUAUCAACAUGAGAAUUGGGAGUAGUUUAAUAGAAUUGGCCACAAGAAUGUCUGUUAGUAGAACUAGUGAAUGGUAAAGUCUCUGUUGGUUUUGGUGGAUGUUUCCAUUGUGCAUUUUGUUCCAACCAAGAAACUGGAAAAAUAUGAGUUGGAGAGCGGCAUUGAAAAACACAUGGUCCAAAACAACCUUGACAGUGAAGAGUAAAUACUGCAUAUGCAACUCCUGCAGUAAUAUGACGUUCAUAAUUUGGGUGUGUUGGUGUUUCUUUUCUUCGUAAGCCCAUAAUAAGUACACUUCGAAUAAGAUAUCAAGAAUCAAGAACCGAGUGAUUUGGCCUAACUUCCACGUCUGUUUCUCUAGACUCAUUUUCUUGCCUUUGUGUCCUUUCGGUGUACGUGUAGGGAUUUUUGGGGCUGUCAUUUCGUUUUCGGUAAGGUUGAAGCACAAGUGUCUAUAAGCCUGAGGUUUGAGCAACAUAAGAUCGAUGAAGAGCAAGACAUUAUCAUACUCCACAUACUUGUCAACAACAUGGUUGCAUACUGAACACACGUCUAACUUGAUGUAAUCACCCUUAUACUUGGAGUAGGCAUGUUUGACAUUAGGGUUCUUACACUCCACACAGAUCAUCAAGAAUAC